GUUGCUGUGCGUUGCCGUUGCCGCACCCAUGUUUGCAAGCUGACAGAGGGCGAAGCGGAGUACGGGUAAAAGGAAACAGAGGCGCAAUGUCGAUGUUUCGACAGGUGCUUUCGAGAGAUCCGGGUCAACUACCAUCCGGCAUUCAAGGAAACGCCUGUGCCAUAGGUUGGGGCUGCGAAGGGAGACUAGCCACGGCAACCACAUCAGGCGAGGUUCUCUUGGCAGACGUGGAUAGCCACGGCAACGCUAGGGUCAAGUCAAGCUUUGUGGCGCAUGGGUCGAAGGACGGAACCGAGGCGCUCGCAUGGCACCCCUCAGACAGGAACCAACUGGCGACCUGCUCAGUCGACAAGUCCUUAAAGGUAUGGGAUGUGCGAUCGACGAACAGAGCGGUCCAGGAGCACAUCUCCGACGGGGAGAACCUCAACGUCAACUACAGUCCCGAUGGCCACUACAUCGCCAUGGGGAGCUCCAAGAAAGAAAGGAACACAGAAACGGACAUCCUCGGUAUCUACGACAUGCGCACCAGGAAAAAACUUAAAUCGGUGAAAUUCACCAUCCUAGCGCACGACUAUAAGUGGUCGCCGAACGGGGAAUAUAUCAUCAACGCGACCGAAACGGGUUCAAUAGAUGUGAUGGCGUUCGGGUCAACGAAGCCCUUGUCUCGUGUACGGUCGACCAAGCUCGCCCACACGGCGCCGUGCAAAGCGCUUGCUAUCGACCCGUUCAACAGGUACUUGGCGAGCGGCGGGGACGACGGGUUGGUGUCGCUUUGGGAGCUGGACGACUUUGUCUGCGUGCGUACCAUCGCGUGCGAGGGAGAGGUGCGAUCUCUUAGCUUCACCCCGGACGGAAGGUUCAUCGCCAUCAGCAUAUCGGGCGGUGACGUAGAAAUCGCGGAAGUCGAGACAGCGGCCUCCGCACACUCGUUACCCGGGGCGAAAUCUCAGGCCGUCGAGUUCCACCCGAAGCGGCCGCUACUGGCCGGGAUUGCCAGUCGCCCAGGCCGGGGGGACUUCGGUCUCCGCUUGUGGUCGUUCGUUUGCUGAACCGUGUUCAGAACCAACUGAGAUGGACCGUUUUAGUGUUAAGUCUUACCGGAGUUAGUUGGCGUUCAAAAUGGAUGUUGGCUUGUUUCGUAUUUUGACGGAACCGAGGCUCGGUUGGCGUCCAGGCCCGACGUGGAAAGGGUUCUGGUUUAACCUCUGGUGAAGGGCUGAUUCGCGACUUUGUCAUUCUGCUGUCCAGCCCCCUGAAACUAUUGUUUGAGUGAGUCGGUGGUAUGAAAUGCUCAUGCAUUACAUUCAUGCGGACUUGAUUUUGGAGCGAGGCAACACUGCUGUGACGUAUGAUGAUCAACACAUUUCUUUUGAGAACAUGAAGAAGCAUAAUCAAUCGAGGAAUUGAUUCGCGCAACGCGCUGGUAGUACGUAGGCGGAAAACCUCGGAAAGGUGAAGGUAUCAGGCAUGUUUUUUUUUUGUGGUAAAAUGCAGCAUUCGAAUUUUUCGGACGUUGGGUCGAGAUUCAUUCCUCGGCGACAUUCUUGAAUUUUGUAGCCCACAGUAUCGACGGCGAGGGAUUGGGGAAUACCGCGCUUCCACCUCUUUGGCCGACGUCGGACCCCGGUCCUUGUUAUGCAGCUACGGAAGGUGCAAUUGUAGACUAAGUACCUUUCGAGUGAUCCCUCCCUGAGUGGGCCCGUGAGAGCAUAAGGCCAUCAAGGGGCGAUGGAAGAUGGAAAAUAGUAGGCUGCAGGACCAAGCAAAAGCCAACUGCCAAGGGCGGUGUGAGGUUUCCUAAGCUCAACAGCUCCUACAAGCUGAC